AUGGCGGACGAUGAACCGCUUCGUCCGAUGUUCCCACCGCCCGCCUUCGAUGCAGCGGCGGCCAAAAAGAAAGGGCUGAUCAGCACAAUUAACAUAUUUAAAGACCAGUUCUCUUUGACCACAUGGUUGCUGUUGGGGGCGGUUACGCAAGGCCUCGCUGUGAUGCUUUUCCCUGCAUCUUAUGCGAUUCUCCCUGCCUUUAUCAUCCUUUUGUACCGUAUUAUCGAUGGCCUACUCAUGACGGUGGGUCUAAAACAAAACCGCUAUAUGGAUAAUGUCAUAAUGGGGAAAUUCACCGGCCAAAUCCCUAAUUCGGAAGGCAUCUAUUCGAGCGAGCCGGCCGACGAGAAUAUAGUUGCUUUCCAGCUAAUCUCGCGCUCAAAUCACCCUUUGGGUUUGCUCGCACCAGGCGCUCGCGAGGUCGCUGCACUGGCCCAAAACAUGUAUGCUCAGCUGGCCAAGGAAAGGGAAACAUACGGAUUUCUCGGCUCCAAGACCAUGAUAGGAGCAGAUGAGCUCUCGGCCGGAAACCAUAUUAUUACCAUGAUGUACUUUCGUAAUUUGGAAGGUAUUCACCGUUUUGCUCACGGGCCUAUUCACACAGAUACUUGGAAUUGGUGGAAUGCCAAGGGCAAGCAUUAUGGAUACCUUACUAUUGCGCAUGAGCUCUAUUCUUCGCCGAAGAAUCAAUGGGAGAACAUCUACAUCAAUGCUCAGCUUACAGGUCUACCCGGAACUCUGGUGAAGGUGAAGAAAUUGGAUGCAGAUGGUAAGGAGGAUGAGUUUGAAUAUGUGAAUCCGGUUAUCGAUGCGCGGAAGGGGAAGUUGGCCAGACAGUUUGGGAGAGUCAAUCGAAGUUACGAUAACGUCGAUACAAAAGUUGACUACGAUUACUAA